GGUAUGUGCCCAUAAAAAUGAAAGGAGAUAGAACUCUAACCUGACUAUGGAUUCUGGAGAAAGACUGCUCAACAGCCUAAGGGAAAAACCAGCCUCUGUAUAGUUCUCUGUAGUGAUGAGUCGUUGCCACGACAUUAACAUUUCCCACAUAAACAGCAACUGGUCAAGGGACAUUAGUGCUUCCCUGUAUAGCUUAAUGUCACUCAUAAUUCUGGCCACUCUCGUUGGUAAUUUAAUAGUAAUAAUUUCUAUAUCCCAUUUCAAGCAACUUCAUACACCCACAAAUUGGCUCCUUCAUUCCAUGGCCACUGUGGACUUUCUGCUGGGCUGCCUGGUGAUGCCUUACAGCAUGGUGAGGACAGUUGAGCACUGCUGGUAUUUCGGAGAAAUUUUCUGUAAAAUUCACACCAGCACCGAUAUUAUGCUGAGCUCAGCAUCCAUUUUCCACGUAUCCUUCAUUUCCAUCGACCGCUACUAUGCUGUAUUCGACCCAUUGAGAUACAAAGCCAAGAUGAAUAUCUUGACUAUUUUUGUGAUGAUUCUCAUUAGCUGGAGUGUUCCUGCUAUUUUUGCAUUUGGAAUGAUCUUCCUGGAGCUGAACAUCAAAGGAGUUGAAGAACUGUAUCUCAAACAGGCUGGCUGCCUGGGCGGCUGUUCUGCCUUCUUUAGCAAAGUGUCCGGGGUACUGGUCUUCAUGACCUUUUUCUAUAUACCUGGAUCUGUCAUGUUGUUUGUUUACUACAGAAUAUAUUUCAUAGCUAAAGGACAAGCAAGGUCAAUUCAUGGCACAAAUCUUCAAAUUGGAUCGGAAGAGAAACACAGGAUGCCCCAAAGCAAAGAAACAAAAGCUGCAAAGACCUUAGGGAUUGUGAUGGGUGUUUUCCUCAUAUGCUGGUGCCCUUUCUUCUUCUGCAUGGUCCUGGACCCUUUCCUGGGCCAUGCUAUCCCACCCACUUUGACUGAUGUACUGAGUUGGUUUGGGUACCUGAAUUCUGCCUUCAACCCAGUGGUCUAUGCCUUUUUCUACCCCUGGUUCAGAAGAGCACUGAAGAUGAUUGUCUUUGGCAAGAUUUUCCAAAAAGAUUCAUCUAGGUCUAACUUGUUUUUCUGAUGCAAUCUACGUAACCAUUAUAUAUCUUACUGUUUUGUGAAAGAGUUGGUGAUUAUAUUUAUGAAAAUAGUGAACCAACUAUAGGCACUAAGUACAUGUGCUUUUAAAAUCAAUUAUUUGAGUUAAGAUACACAUGAUGAGUUUAAUAACCUGGUAUUUGGCAUGGAAUAUAUGUACUCUUUGACAUUAUUGUUACACAAGUUUAACUAUGGUAAGUGCAGUAUUAAAGACUUACAUGAGAAAGAAUUGUCCCCACCCUUAGGUGACCUUCUGUGAGUUGACAACAGUAAUUUAAUCAUUCUGCAAUUUAAUCACAAGGCUGAAUUUAGGGUAGAAAUUAGGAAUUUGAUACAUACGUACAUACAUACAUACAUACAUACAUACAUACAUACAUACAGUCAUAUGAAGACAGGGGAAGGAAUAGUGGUUUCUAAUAAGAAGAUACCUUAAUAGAAAGUCAGAAAAUUAUAUACAUUGAUUUGCAAUUAAGGUAUUUCUCAAAAAGAUAUUGCAGAACUAGUUUCAAGUUAAGUAUCACUGAAGAUUUGGAUUUAUUUAAUAAUAGUGACAUCUUCAUGACCAAAUUAAAGAAAGGUAGCCAAUUAAAAAUUAACUAAGAUGUAUAUUUCACUGUUUGUUCAUAAAUCUGAAGAUCUCCUAAGAUGUAUUAAAGGCUUCCAUCUCCAGACAUAGUGGCGCACAUCUGUAAUCUCUGUACUGAACAGGCAAAGGCAGAAGGAUUGCCAUAUAUCGAAGGCCAGCCUGGCACACAUAACCAAUUACAGGCCAGGCAGUUGCAACUACAAAAUCCUUCCAUCUGUUAUAGUUCAUUUCAGGAUUAUCUAUCUUAUUCGUCUGGCUAGAUUUCGCUUUAGCACACUUUAGCAACAGUAUAGCUGGCCUUUGAAGACAGUAUGUUAAAAUACAAGUUGUCCCUAUUCAGUCUAAAACACUAUCUUGAAUUCUGUCCCCCUUGAGACCAGUUUAUUAAAUUUUCAAAAAGGAAACAAAUGUUUUUGAAGAAUUUUCUAUACUUUGCAGUGAGUUUCUGUUGUUUUCAUUAUUUAUUCCAAGUUGUCCCUCAAAGACUAUUUCUAUAUCUUAGGUAAAUCUUUCAAAAACUGUUAUAUUGAUUUACAUGAGGUGAAAGGCUCAAGGAUCCAGAAAUACUGUCUGAAUUUAUGUGCAGUCAUGUAGAUGUGCGAUUAGAAGACAAUAAGAUAUAAUCUAAUAGCAAUAA